AGAAAAAGCCAUAAUGUAUAAAAAUACAUUAAUUUUUGCUAAGAAAUUUUAUCUAUCCCAACGAUCGAGUUGACGUUUAUAAAGAGUAUAAGCAUGCGCAUCGCGGUGUCAACAAUUUAAAGGAUACAAUGCAAGUUGUACAUUUAACGGGAAUAACGUACAUGAAACGAUCUUCAAAUGAAUUUACUUGUGUUCUUUUAACUGUUGAUAUUAUUUUAUCAACAACAAUCUAAUAACAUUUAACUCUAUUGUAAUCAAAAAUACUUCUUUACUUGAAUAAAUGUUAAUACGUUUCAAUUAACCCAUUUAUAUUAUGACUUCACUGAAAAUAUCGUAUUCAAACGUUAACGUAGUUUACAUGCCAAUUGGCUUGUGUGCCAUUCUGCGCGGCCAUAUUUUAUCAGUAUGUGCGAAAUAUUUCGCGAUUGCUGAACAAAAUAAGUUGUAGUUUACGAAAUAGUUUGUGCACAAAGAUAAAAGUUAAUCGUCAUGCGGGGAAUAUUUCGCUUACAGAUCCAUGCAAAUGCGUUAAUGAAUAUGUGAAGUCUAAGUCUAACAUAAAGUAACCUAAAAUAGGUUAUACUACUAUUUGUUAUUGUCGAUUAAUAAAUAGUAUAUUCUUAUAAAAUAAAGAAAAAUGGCUGGACAACAGCAUCCCUUCCCAUCUGGGUUUCCAAAUGUGCAACAAUCUGCGAUGAGAACACAAUUUGGAGGUGGACAAAUGGUUACCGGUUUAAUGGGACCCCAACAAGGUGGUAUAGUAAGUCCACAGCAAUUUGGAGUAGGUGUCGGUGUUGGUGUUGGAGUUGGAGUUGGAGUUGGAGGAGUAGGUUCUAACGCUAUGGGAAUGCCAAAUGCUCAACAAGUUUUAGCCCAACAACAACAGCAACAACAAUCAGUUGCCAUGCAACAACAAAUGCAACAGAUGCAACAACAACAAAUGCAAUUGCAGCAGCAACAACAAGCAGCUCUCGUACAACAAACUAAUCAGACUAGCAAUCAAGCUACUACACCUCAAACACCUGUUGCACCAACGCAACCUCCACCUCCUCAACAGCAACAAAAUAAAGAUUUUAACACUGCUAGCUUAUGUAGAUUUGGACAAGAGACUGUGCAAGAUAUUGUAAGUCGUACUUUAGAUGUCUUUCAAACGCUUAAAGUACUUCAACCACCAAAUGGUACACCACAAGGAGCUAGCGUUGCUAACGAUAAGAAAACUAAAGUGCAAGAACAGUUAAAAAUGUUAAAAUUGUUGUUUAAACGUUUGAGACUGAUUUAUGAAAAAUGCAAUGAAAAUUGUCAACUUCAAGGCAUGGAAUAUACACACAUUGAAAGUUUAAUACCAUUGAAAGAAGAAUGGGAUAUGAAAUCAGAGGAAAAAAAGACAUCGGAAGCUUAUAGAUUAGCAUACGAAGAAAGCAAAGAAAUAACAGAGCAAGUGAUAUUGAAAAAUAGGCACCUUAAAGAGAUAAUUGAUCAUUUAAGACGUAUCAUUUCAGAAAUAAAUACUAUGUUAAAUAUGCGUCGUUCUUAGAUUAUGAGAUAUAUAUAUAUAUAUAUGUAUACUUGU